AUGACAUAUCAGAUUGUCAUUGCUGACACGGCUCAACUCAAUCUACUGUCGCCUGUACAGCAAGAUACAUUUAAUGAAUCUGUAUCAACUAUAAUACAGAGAAAAGUCAGAGGUUGGCUCAGUGGUGUUAUCGACGACAUGCGGCGCAGUAGCCCAGUACAGCAGUGGUUAGAUUCACUUCCUCCUGAAACAGCUGGAGAUUCGGAGAUCUCCAAUGAACUGAACUCAAAUGGAGAUACUUUAGUAAAAACAGAGAUAAAGUCUGAUGAUAGCAAAGCAGAGGAGACUGUUACGGAAAAUACAGUAAUUGAACCAGUGAAAGAUACAUAUCCUGAAGACCAAAAUUUAGAUGUUCCUAAUGUUAACAAGGAUGCAUGGAAUAGGAAAUCAUUAGACAGUGGACUAUUAACUAGCACACCCCAGAGAGGAAAUAUGAAGAGAUUGCAAAGAGAUUAUUCUGUGCAAUCUGAGAGCUAUUCUCCUAAGUUUAAAAAUCCAUUACUCCGUGAUCAAUCCCUUCAGUCUGAUGCUAGUGGAUCAAGUGGCAGUUCUGUCUUAAAUGUAUUGGGAGCUCGAAAAGUGGAUGCUGAGUCAGUAUUGAUUGCACUAGGCUUUGGGCCGAGUGAAAAGCAGCAAAAACUACAGAGGAUACCUGAUCGUUUUUUAGCUCCAUCUAAACUGAAAGGAAUCAGUACUGAAGAUUUCAUUAAAAAUGAACAUCAUUCGAUGAAGAUGCAUGAUUGCGGUAUAUUUGGAUACAGAGGUCUAACUGGGAAUCCUCAUGUUCCACCGUCGACAAUUGUAGCUAAAAUAAUCGGAUGUAUACUUCAAGAUGAAGUCGUACGUGAAGAGGCGUUAAUAAAAGCUAGACAUUCUAUAGCGGAUAUGCGGAGUCAACCGAACAUUAACGCCAUACUCGCUGCCCGACUCAACCGCAACUAA